AUGAGGUUGAUGAAGAUUCACCCGUUCCAAGAAAUUUCCCUUGUGGAGAAAUCAUCUUUACUUAUCAACUUAGCUUCUUGCAUAAUCCCGGAGGAGUCAGUUUUAAAGCAGUUGGAGGUAUUAAAAUCUUCAUCUCAUAUUCCGAGGGUCAUGGAGAUCGAAAUGCUCCAGUUGACCCCGUUCCCAUCUUUCCCUUCACCGUCGAUACCAACUUGACGUUCAUGUCGAUUUGGUUGCUCUGCUGAAGACCUGAUGCCGGAGUCAUCUUUGUUCACCAACUAUUCUGGCGGGUUUCUGUGGAGACAUUCGCUAUCAGAUAUCUCGCCGGUCUUCAACGUACGUGUAAGGAAGAGGAAUUUGGAGCCUUCUGGUUCUGAAGUUGAAAAGGACGCUGUUUGCACUAGUAUCACGCUGGCCGCUAGCAUUAUUGCUGACGCUUGGAUUAAGUUACCUUGUGAUCUCAAUUCGUUAUCUGAUCUGACGUGUAUUAUGUCAAGCGUUGAAGUUUGUGAAAUUGUUGCGGAUGGUAGGUGGUCUUGCCCUUCAUAUUCAGAUGCCUUGGAUGGGUUUAAGGCAUUUCUUGAUGUGAUUGAUCAGUUUUCUUUAGCUCGUGUCCGAUGUUCCUCAGUUUCCUCAUACGAAGUUGCGUCUAAAGGAAGAGCUGGCCGCUGCACCCCUUGA